AUGCCCUAUCACCAUCAUCCACCAUGCCCCACCACCAUCAUCCACCAUGCCCUACCACCAUCAUCCACCAUGGCCUACCACCAUCAUCCACCAUGCCCUACCACCAUCAUCCACCAUGCCCCACCAUCAUCCACCAUGCCCUACCACCAUCAUCCACCAUGCCCUACCACCAUCAUCCACCAUGCCCCACCAUCAUCCACCAAGCCCUACCAUCAUCAUCCACCAUGCCCCACCACCAUCAUCCACCAUGCCCCACCAUCAUCAUCAACCAUGCUACCUACUUUCAUUGUGACCACAGACACAGUCCACCACGGUUGUGUCAGACCACAGACACAGUCCACCACGGUUGUGUCAGACCACAGACACAGUCCACCACGGUUGUGUCAGACGACAGGCACAGUCUACCACGGUUAUGUCAGACCACAGACACAGUCCACCACGGUUGUGUCAGACGACAGGCACAGUCCACCACGGUUGUGUCAGACCACAGACAGAGUCCACUACGGUUCUAUCAGACCACAGACUCAGUCCACCACGGACGGCCACGAUGUUGCCGCUUUCAAAAGAACAUUUUGGGAAUCGAACCUGGGCCUCCCCAGUGACCGACCAUAA